CUCAACCUCCCUCCUCCUUUAACUCCUCAUCCAUCCCCAUUCACUCCUUUGGUCCUUUUUAUCUCUUUCCCUUCCAACUCUCUCUCAUUGUGUUUGUUUUCUAAGAAAAUAAUGGCAAUGUUGCGUUUGAGUGUGGCUUGCAUUCUGUCUUUUACGUACUUAAUGUGGAUGGCUGAAGCAAGAAUCCCUGGAGUUUACACCGGCGGCGCAUGGCAAGGUGCCCAUGCUACCUUUUACGGUGGUUCCGAUGCUUCAGGCACCAUGGGAGGAGCAUGUGGGUAUGGUAAUUUAUACAGCCAAGGCUACGGCGUGAACACAGCGGCACUAAGCACAGCACUUUUUAACAAUGGGUUCAGUUGCGGUGCAUGCUUUGAAAUCAAGUGUGCAAGUGACCCAACAUGGUGUCACUCAGGCAGUCCUUCCAUUUUCAUUACCGCUACAAACUUUUGCCCACCAAACUUCGCUCAACCAAGCGACAAUGGCGGGUGGUGCAACCCUCCUCGCCCACAUUUUGACCUCGCAAUGCCUAUGUUUCUCAAGAUUGCCGAGUACCGUGCUGGUAUUGUCCCAGUUUCAUUCCGCCGCGUGCCAUGCCGCAAGAGGGGAGGCAUCAGGUUCACAAUCAACGGUUUCCGUUAUUUCAACUUGGUUUUGGUCAGUAACGUGGCGGGAGCAGGAGACAUCGUGAAGGUGAGCGUUAAAGGAACAAGGACCGGGUGGAUGAGCAUGAGCCGUAACUGGGGUCAAAACUGGCAGUCAAACGCCGUUUUGGUCGGUCAACCACUUUCCUUCAGAGUUAAGGCAAGUGACAGACGCAGCUCCACUUCAUGGAACAUCGCUCCGGCCAACUGGCAGUUCGGUCAAACAUUCGUCGGAAAGAACUUCAGAGUUUGAUUAACAAACUUAAAAAACUUAAAAAAAAAAAAAAAAAAAAGUGUUU